ACUGGCUGGAGACGUGGCAGCGCCUCGGGUCAUAUGAUUUUUGGCUCUUACACGAACCCCACCCCGAUCCCUUUCCCCACUCCGAGAAAAAAAAAAAAAAAGCUAUCCGAAUUGCUCUUUAUUUUUUUAUUUAUUUUUUCCAAACAAACAAUGACAAUUCAAACAUCUGCGCGGACAAACAAACUCCUGUAAAGAAAGGCGCAACAACUAAUCCGGCGCGAUCCUCUCUUUGCGCGCCCGUCUACACAUGGAUCUUUUGGGAGCCGCGGCCAACCAAAACAGUGCCAUUUUUAGCCAUUUACUGCUGACGUUUACAGACGCUUCAAAUAGCUUCCGUUUCACUCUGGUAGUGAUUGGACUGUCCUGUGCCGUGCAGUGAGCUAACGCGCUGGCUGGGGAGCACAAGCCCGACAUUCUUCACUUCAAUGGAGGAACAGCCCAGAGAUCGGGCACAAGACAGGCAGCAGCAGCACCACAACGGAGAGGACCGGAGCCCCGUCCAGCGCACCGCUUGUCUCAGACAUGAUCAGGGCCAGCUCCAGUGCAAGCAUCAGGAAACGCAGGCGAAGAAAACAGGCAAUAAAAAUGUAAACGCCAGCGACGAGGAAGGGGAGAAGAAUCCACACCUGCCCUGCACUGGUGGUAUGUCCUAUCCCUCCAGCAGUAAUGGUAACAGACACAUAAGUAAUCCAAAUGUGAAGCAGAAAGGGCCGCAGAAGCACUACGCCCCCGUUCAGAAAGCGAGCAGCAAACUGCCGGACCAUAAGAAAAACAUGGACUUGAGAAAUGACAGGGAGAAGGCCCUGGACGCGGUCCAUAAUGAGAGCCAGCCGUCGGAUAAGAAAGACUCCGCUUCGCUUCAGAACGGCCUCGUGAAUUGUGGACUCAUUACGAACGGCUACUCCAGUAAGGACAAUGACGGCAGCGGCUCCGAGGGCGGAUAUACUACCCCGAAGAAACGAAAGAGCAGAUGCGGCGUCGCCAGGAGCGCCGACAGCGUGACGAAGGAGAAGGAGCGAGACAUGCAGCCCCGCAACACUACGCAGGAGCCGGGCGGUCCGGGCGGCGAGGCGCCCGAGAAAGGAGCCGCGUCCAGACUCGACGGCUUCAGACCCGCCUAUAAAGUAGAAGCUCAGACGACGGCGAAGCGGGCCGUCGCGUCAGAGACUUCGGCGGCUGAGUCUCAGAGGAAAACCUCCGACGCUAAAGCAGCUGGCACCUUCGCUAAGAAGGCAGAGGAGAAGCACAAGGGCAAGCUUUCCUCGCCUUCGAAAGAGGACUCGUGGACUUUGUUCAAGCCCCCUCCUGUAUUUCCUGUGGACAAUAGCAGUGCUAAAAUUGUUCCCAAGAUCAGUUAUGCAAGCAAAGUAAAAGAGAACCUCAAUAAAGUAGCUCAAGGUGGAGGAGAGGCAGCGCCUCCCCCUGUGAGACUGACCCAGGUGCCCAUGUCUGCUAUGAAAACCAUCACCUCAGCUAGCUUUACUAACGGUCCUGUGUCUGGCAACGGCAACGGCUGCCCGUCCGUGGGCACCUUCUUUGCUCCUGCUGCUAGUUGUGUUCAGUCUGUCCCAGCUGGCGAGAAUGUAGCAUCUCUGGAAAGUAACUGUAGCUCUGCAACAAGUCCCGGCGACGGAGAGGCCAGCGAGCACAGAAAGUGUACUGUUUUAAUCUACCCUUUAAAUAUGCAACCCGUGCUCCCGAGCGCUCGUCACCUGGACCCGCCGGCUGUCCAGACAAAUCAGAAAGCCCUGGGGGACAUCUUCCAGAACCAGUGGGGUCUCUCCUUCAUCAACGAGCCCAACCUGGGCCCCGACGGAGGAAACGGGUUCGUGCCUGCCGACGACCAGACCUCUGUGACUUCUUACGAGGGCGAGGCCGUCGCAGCCGAGGUGGCCCAGCCGCUCUUCGACGUUAGCCCGUCGUUCAUAGAAGCCGAAGCUUUUUCUCAAGACGCAGAGAAAAGGACUUGUGCCCCCUGCCAAGUAUCCAGCGUUUGUUCUCCUGCUCGCGCAGCGAGCGAGGAGGAGGAGGAGGAGGCCAAAGCGCAGCCAAGUGUCCAGGACAAGACGAAAGCCGAGUGUAAGGGCGUGGCUUCUUCUUCUUCUUCUGCGCUGGCCCCCGGUAGAGACAGCGGUGCUAAGCCUGCAGCGGGCCAGCAGACCACGGUGUUGUUUGGCUCCUCUAAAGAGCAGCUCCCUCCUAGAGACGUUGGCAGGAGGUCCAGCUGGGGCUCCUUUGACCUUAAAGCUGCCGUCACCUAUCACACUAAAGAAAUGGAAUCCAUUUUCAACUUGCAAAAACAAGAUCCAAAAAGAGUAGUGUUUUAUGAUGAGACCAAUGAUGGACCUGAUAAGUGAGGUAGCUCAUCUUCAGUGCUUGCGGUCUUCUCUGGGUGCUGCAGUUAUCUACCUUGGAGAGAAAAAAAACAAAAAAAAAACAAUCCUGUCGGAUAAAGUGACAACUGUGAAAACACUCAUAGCUAAGCAUGAUUUUCCUUGGAAACUCGGGUUUAUUAAAACAUUUUUUUUUUUUUUGCCCCUUCCUUUGGGAGCGCACCAGACAACACACAGACACACUCUGGAUGGACGUUAAAAGGAGUUUAUCGGUGCCUCUCCAACACGAUGAAUGGACCUUAACGACUUCUAGCUGUGGUGGUCCUCGUCUCAUGGCUUUUUAAGGGAUUAAUGUUCGGGAGUUCAACCAAGGAAGGUGUUUCGGGCUGCACCUCCUUAAGCCUUUAUCCUGUCAAACUGUGGCAGCCGUCGGUCCGGCUAUGGGAUGCCUCGGUCGUUUUCUUUAUUCACUCAUUAAAAUGAGUUCACUGUAGAUACGUUGGACGUCACACAUGCAGAUCUGUGCGCAAGCUUGAAUUUGUGGUGAACGAAAGGAGAUGGCCCUUAAAGAAAUGCCUUUAGGUUGUAGAGUAAAGGUGUUUGCAAUCCUGUUACAGCGGCACCGGAAGCUUGUGAGGCUCCAGCCGGGAAGGGAGAGCCUUGUCUUAAGUCCUAAAGAGAACUACUCAGAGCCCUGACAUUUUAUAUGUAUUGCAGUUGUUGCAGCUGGCCUAACACAAGUAUUAUUUGCGUUGUUCUAAGACCCCAGAGUUAAAGGAGCAAUAAGCGAUUUAUUUUUUAUUUUUACUUUUUUCCCACCACUAGGUGAAGCUUGAGCACUGUAGACCAAAACAAAACGUGUAUCAAGCCACGUCUCGCUAUGUCCGCUCCUGCACUCGGCACCCAUUUCCCAUCUCCCCCAUUUGCAAUGGAUAAAAACACAGCAGAACAACAUCACCUUUCAGAGGAACACAUCUAGUUAAGAAGUAACUCAUAACUUUAUAAUGCUGUUAGGAAGAGAACAUUUCUGAUCCGAUUGGCGUGCUCGAUGCCAUUUUGUGCCUGGCAGUGGCAUUUUACGGGCAGGGAGGGGGCAGCUGUUCACGUGCACAUACGCACACGCACCGCCGGCCCGGCUAUUGAAACAAGGGGUUGGAGAACAACACAGUUUAUAUCUAACCAUUGUCCAUCAAAAUAUUACCUUUUACUUCUUCACAUCACUAUUUUUAGUUCUUUCUAUCUAAAAUGAUGAAAUUUCGCUUAUUGCUCCUUUUAAGGUACUGAAGUGCCGAAUUUGAAGGAAAGCCACGCCCCUUUACGUCAUUUGUUUAAGCAGGUGUGCUAAAGAUUUUAACACCGGGUCUCCGUUUAAUUGUUCUGUUAAAGCGUUCGCUACAUUUCACUCAGAUGGUCAUAAGCAUGAUUUUCCUUAAAAAAAAAAUAUAUAUACAGACGCAUACAUUGCUUCUGAUUGGAUGUUCUUGUUUGUGCUUUUUGUUCAGCUGCCACACUCAGGAUAUCCAAGCAAACUGUUUCUGUUCACUUCAUCGCUGAAGGAACAUGUUUCAAUUUACAAUUAUGUUUCUCCCAGCAUGUUGCUUUUUUUUUUUUUUUUUCCAUUUUUUUUGUCCCACCAUGUUUACUUGCAGAAAUGAAUCUCUUUUCAUCAUCACAUAAAAGCAACGGUAACUCAUUUAUUGCGACCCUCAUCUUGGGUCCCAAAUCAGCCGCUUUGUCCAAACUGUUGGAUUGUUAAGGAGGGCUUCAGAGUUGUGCUGUGGAUAACAUUUUAACUUUUCGCAAGCCAAUGUGCAAUAACACCAUGGAAAAUGGGUUAUGUUGAGCUACAAAAUCCUCAUCAGAGAUGCUUAUGUAGCCUGUAGUUCAGUUUUACAAAACAAUUUGGGUUGCAUUUACCCUCUGUUGCACAAUUUUCAGACUAGUUUUUUUUUUUUUUUUUUUUCUUGAUAAAAUCUCUUUUA